UUUCUCUUCCUUUCAAUAGGUACACAGGUUCCUCCCUUUUGCCAAAUGUGUAGUUUCAGGAAGUCAAUAUCACAAGCCGACAGCAUCAUGUUCUUUAGGAAAUAUUAUGUUCGGAGGCCCCAGUCUUGCAAGGGAAGCAGCUCAAGGAAGCGUCACCUGUCAGUGGAGACUUUUAGUGGCAUUUGGAAACUUCAUGUCAAAGUGUCAAUCUUUUCCAAAAUGGGAUCCAUACCUUUCCUCUCUUGGUAAGAAUAAACCAGCCUUGGCCAGAAAUGGAUUCCUUUUCCCUGAACGCCUCUUUUGGGAACGAUACGGACUAUUAUGAAGAGUUUUCUUUCUCCUUGUUUAAGAUUCCCGUCUUGAUUCCUGUCACCAUCAUUUGUAUCAUCAUGUUUUUCUUGGGCGUAGCUGGAAACGUGACCAUUAUCCUCAUUUUUAAGCGGUAUAAAGGGAUGAGGACGACGGUGAACAUGUACCUGUCCAGCAUGGCUCUGUCCGACAGCCUGAUUUUGCUCGGCUUGCCGUCUGACUUGUACAGGAUUUGGAAGUACAAGCCGUACGUCUUUGGCGAUUUCCUCUGCAAGUUUAUUUUCUACCUCAGCGAGACCUGCACUUACUCCAGCAUUCUCCACAUCACCACUUUGAGCGUCGAGAGAUACUUUGCAAUCUGUUUCCCCUUGAAAGCCAAAGCGACCAUCACGAAAAGCCGGGUCAAAGCCGUAAUUCUGCUGCUAUGGCUUUGCUCGCUCGUGACGGCCCUCCCGGUGCUCUUUCUCUUUGGCGUACAGCAUCACAACGGGAGCCUUCCGGAAGAAAUGGGCGAAUGCAAAUACAUAGAGGAAGCGGCUCACUCGGGGCUCCUAGAGACCAUGACAUGGCUUUCCACUCUUUACUUUUUCCUACCUGCGUCUUGCUUGGUUCUCCUUUACGGGAUGAUCUGCAGGAAGCUCUGGAGGACGGCACGCAACCUGGAGGGCCAGCAUGCUCCCGCCAGAGAGAGGUAUCACCAGCAAACCAUCAAGAUGCUAGCCGUGGUCGUCCUGGCUUUCGUUCUGUGUUGGCUCCCCUUACAUGUCGGCCGGAUCCUUUUUGCCCAAGGAAGUGUUGGCCUCAACGAGAUUGCCCAAGGAAGCGUUGGCCUCUACGAUAUCAGCCAGUACUUCAACCUUGUCUCGAUGCUGCUGUUUUAUCUCGGCGCGUCCGUAAACCCCAUCCUUUAUAACGUCAUGUCCCAGAAAUACAGGAAGGCUGUGUGUACGUUCCUCAAUCAGAGGCAGACCUGGCAGCCGAGGGCCUCACGCAGGAGUGACAAGGCUUCUGUUGAAGGUAUGGAAAAAAGUUCUUUCGUAUGAGAAGAGUUGGAAGCAGCUCCCAAUUAUACGAUCACCUUAAAAUAUAAGAUCUCUCUCUUUCACCAGCUAUCCAAUAUGAAUUUCAAGUGGACUACUGUAGCAAAGGCAGAUGAUAGCUUCUUACUUUAUGAAUUGCAACAUUUGU